GGAGAGGGAGGGAGGGAGAGAGAGAGAGGCAGCCAGUGCCCAUUCCGCAUUGACGCCAUGAGGAGCUCAGCAGUCCUUUUGCAAUGAGGAAGUCGGGGCCCGGAGAGACCAUCAGUAAACUUCUGAGAAGGAAAAGUUCUCCCUCGCUUUAUGCGGCCACCUUUCCGCCAGGCCAAGCCAUCCCUGGCGCCGGUGACUUGGAGGAACAGGUCAAACUAGAUGAGAUCCUAGCAGCCACUCGAUCCAGUAAAGGAGCGAUGAAUACAGUGAUGGAUUCUGGAACAGCAAAAGUGAAACAGCGGCCAACAGUCAAGCUUGCCAUUCCCUUCCAGGAACGUCCAAAGUUUGCUGUGCCAACUCCAACUUUGCCAGACCGAGCACUGUUUUCCAAAAUUCCAAGAACAUCGGUAAUUGCAGGUAGUGAUGUAAAAGUCAGCAACAACAAACCUAUUGUUGGAAACUAUGGACCGAGUAUCAACAUGCCAGAGGAUGACUGGAUUCCGCCACCUCCACCAAUGGCUCCACCACCACCUCCACCAAUGGCUCCUCCGACACAAAAUACUUAUCCAAAUCCACGUAUGACCCAUUUGCCGUAUGAAGUGGCUGUUCCACCACCUCCAAAGAUGGCUCCGCCGCCACCACCACCUUUAAGCAUGGCAUCGCAACAAAGACCUACUCCAAACUACCAGCUUCCUGAAACAACCUUUUCACCAUCAGCUCCAAAUAUGAUUCCUCCAUCGCCUCCCAUAAUAGCACCUCAAAAAUUUCUUUCAAAGAUUGACCAGUUCACAACAACAUCUCCCCCAUCCACUCCAAAAAUACCACCUCCCCCACCUCCCCUCUUGCUUCCACCUAAAGAUUAUUCUCUCCAAUCUCCUCAACAAGAUGGUGUUUCAAAAUCUAAUCAAAUUAAACAUCCUAAAAAAUCACCACCACCCCCUCCGCAAAGGGAUAUGAUGCAACAUAAUUUUACUCCAAAACCUGAAAGGGAUUUGCUGUCUUCUUUCAAAUUCUUUCCUACUGCUUCACAAAUAUCAGUUUCAAAUAAUCAAUCUUUGUAUAUGGCAGAAUCUCCUGAAGUGAUUUCACAGCCUUUGGUUGCGUCAACUUUCAAUCCUAAAGCAACAGCAAAGCUUUUCGGAUUUUCAGAACCAGUUAACAAAUCAGAAAGCUCUUUAGAUUCUGACUGGCCAAAUAAAAGCAAAUCCAUGAUAGUCAUGAAAGAUGCUGACCAGUAUCCAAUAGACCAGACAGGUGGAAUUAACCUCACUGCUUCCACACACAAGAAGGCAGUGUCGAAUGAAGGCACUGAACGUCCAAGUAUGAAUAAGGUGCAAGAAGAUUCCGUUCCACCUAAGCCACAGAAGCCAGCUCGUAAGAACAACCUGCUCGUGCAACAAUCUAAAUCAGUCCAAAAUAAUGGAAUACAUCCUAUAUACUCUGGUACUUCCAGAGAUCAUUCUAUCCAAGAUGAAAAAGAAGAGAACUGGAGCAAUAACAUGGAUCUUCGGCAAACCAGUUCAAUGCAAUUUCAUGAUUCAACCAACACUCAGAAUUUCUCCAGUAGUUCACCUGUUUCAAUCACCAAUUCAGAAAUAGAAUAUGGGAAAUACAGAGCAGGGGAAAAAACAAAAUCCACCAAGGCAAGGGAUUUUGAAAAUGCUAUGUUUGAUUUUCAGUUCUCUAAGCCAGUUGAGAAACCGGCCACAGCAGCUGCAGAGAUUCCAGAUCCUUUUCCAGAUCAAACUCUUCCUUCCACAGAGCAGAAUAUUAAUUCACGUUCACCACUGGCUCUUCUCAUGGCUGCAAAGCAGCGAGAUUCUAGUAAAAACAAAGGACUUCACAAAGCUGGUUCAGAGACAUCAAGCUUAUCCUUGGGAGGUACUCGGUACAUAAAGUCAACAAAUUCACAUACAAUCCACAUCACACCAAUAACUAAUUACAAGGAACGUCCUUUGAUUCCACAGGCAGAAGAUAUUACAGCACAAAACAAGCACGUCGAUGACUUACUCAGUUCUCUGAGCAGCACUGAAAAAAGUCACGAAUGGUCAAAACCUUCACUCCACUCAACAUCACAUAGAAUUGCAGAGCCAGAUGACUCUCAAAAAGAUGUUGACAUGUCUUUACUUCUGAUUCCACCUCCACCAAGUUUUAGUGAUGAAGAGAAUGAAGAGCCCUCAUUUGGGCUUCUGCCACCUCCAUUUGAAUUUUCGAACCAUGAUGAUAAUAGAGAUUAUUCUCCACAGCCAGAAAGAAAAGUAAAUGAUGAACCUGGGGUUGACAGUCUACAUUCUGCCAAUUCAGACAAGAGAGGACUUUCUCUACAGGGAUCCACUCAUGAAAGUGCUGACCAUUUAGCAUCUAAUCACUAUAACAGCCUAAUCAAUACAAAUUCUUAUUCCAUUAACAAGUUGCCAUUAAACACUUUGUCGUCUCCUAUCAAAAAAAUCUUUGAUCAGCAAAAGCCUUCAAUAGCAGAAAAGCCCACAUUCCUGCAUAGUGCUGUGGUGAAUGGAGGCUCUGCAAAAUUUCACAAUUCAAAGCAAGUUUCAGAUUCGCACAGUUAUUCUUAUUUAAUGUCUAAAGCAUAUGGAAAAAAUGUACCCAAGAUGGAACAGCAGCAGACAGAAACCAUGCCAUCAACAAACAAACUGGCAGUGAAGAAUAAAGUUAUCGAUGAAUUGCAGUCUAAGGUGCAAGCUUUAAGCACUAACCAUUCUGAUGUGGCAUCUAAAAGCUCACAGAAUACACAAGUUUCACAAUCUUACGGUAGGACCUUUACUAUCCGGCCUGGUACGAAGCAACCAAUAACUGUGGUGUACCCUCCAACAACUAAAUGAAAAUCUGCUCUUUUUAAACCAAAGCGUGGGUUUUGCCUAGUUAAUGUCUGAAGAUCUUCACACUGACUUUAUUCACUUUCCAAGGACAACAUUCCAUCCAAAUUUCACACAAUUUAUUUGAGCACAUCAGCACUUGGUGUGCGUGUACAUUUUGUAUUUGUGACACUUCUGAAGAGGCCUUUUGCCAGUAAUAGCAUGUUACAGCUUGUUUAUAUUGUAUGUAUCCUUAUGUAAAACAUAUGCUUUUAACAGGUAUGCUUUUUGAAAGUACCUUUGUGUGUUGUAUAAUACAUAAACCCUUUAAUUUAUAUAAUCCUGUGGUACAGUUCCAGCACAGUAUCUUUUAACAUGCAGAUUCAGUGUUGAUCUUAUGCUAUAGCAAUUGCAAUCAUGGGAGUAUUAGGAAUAUUCAUUUUUACAUUACCGUGUACACAUUUUAUAAGCUCAUCUUAAUCAAAAAAUCAAAUAAAGAAUAUCCUGUAAAAAUAAUUAAUUAUUUUUUAAAUUUUGAUUUAUUUUCCCAAUAGAUGUGUUACCUCAUAUGAUGUGUCUGAUCCCUAGAGUAUUUUAUACUUUGUAAAUGAAGUAUUGAUAUUUAUGGCAUAAAAUAAUGGUCUAUGUUUAAGCUGGCUUUAUGAAAUGAUCCUUAUAUAACUAAAUUUACCAGUACCAUCUACUUAUAAUGUCUACAUUGUAUAAGUCUAAAAAUCACAAUGAAAAUUUCUUUACCAAAUGGGAGAGAGGAAGGAAGAGCAGAAAGGAUUGCCCUGUAUCUAAUCUGUACUUUGACUUGUAUAUUGAGUUUCACAUGAAAUGAAACAUUUUUAUUUAAGUGCUCUAUUUUGGAUAAAGAUCAAAAUGUAAUCUAGAGUGAAUUUAGGUAAGAUUAAUGUAUUGUAGAAGUAGCCAUGUACGAUAUUCAUAAUCUCUGCUGCAUUUUUCCUUUCUGUAAUACUUACACUAAAAUCUAUCAUAGAGAUGAUUUUGUUUGGUUUCUCAACAGGAAAUCUGAUGCUAUACUUCCAGAAAUCAGUAAAUAACUUGUACAAUCAAUGUCAUAUGUCAAUUUGAUUCAGCACUAAAUAAACUUCUUUUAAAUUCA